AAAACAAAAUAAGAACUACAAAAAGUUUUGGUCUAUGAGGAAUUAAAAUUUAGGCCCGUAAGUAAAACUAUUUUACACUUAACGGGCCUAAAUUAAUAAGCCCAAUUAACUAAUAGGCCCGUGAUACAGUAUUACUUCUUCCUUGUAUUCCUUUCCAAGAAAUCAAUUGAACUUACAAACAGCGAACAACAAUUUGGGAAAUUUUGGUGGAAGUAAGAAAAUGGCGUUGGAAGCUUAUUCAUCUCAGGCCGCCGAUUCCGUUCACUCCGAUGUUCUCUCAGAAGCGAGGAUUGCUUGUUACAAGGCUCGAGACGCGUUCUAUGCAUGUUUGGAGAAAGAAUCAGACAAGAAACCGACGGAAUCUGCGUCGGUGGGACUGCUUUACCCAGCUGAAUGCAAGAAAAAUAGGGAGGCUUAUGUGAAUCAAUGCAGACCGACCUGGGUGAAGCAUUUUGAUCGGCAGUAUUGUGCGAAGAAGAGGGUUCAGAGGCUGUUGGAUGAUAACGAAUCGAGGCGAGGGGUGUGAUGUUUUGGUCCGUUGAGAGAAGCGGGCAGUGAAAUUACCCGUCGGUUGUGCUUGAUUGAUAAAGUGGCUGUAAGAGAAAUGACGGCGAUUGAGAUUGAAUUGCUCGUCGUAUUUUUAUACAAGUUAGGUUGGACACCAUAGUUAUAGAAAUUAUAUGUUGUUUUUUUCUAUAUCGUAUGCAGAUCCGCUAAAGUACUUAAUAUGUUCUUUCGUGAUUCUCACUCCGUUUUCAUUCACCUACGUAUUUUUGUAGCUAGAAGUCUUUGAAUGUGCUAGUAAGACUCAUUUUGGUUACGGUAGCUUUAUGUUGUAAUUUUAUUCAAAUGAAGGGCCAUUGCGAAUCAAAUGGAUACUUGAUCUCUCCUUAUUUAUUGAACCCUAGGU